ACACUUCUUAUUUGGUAUAUCCGUUGACUGGUAUAAUGUAUAAGUUGGAUAGAUAAAAAAAUCUACUCACCAAGCAGUGGCAGGAAAACACACGCAGGCUUUGCUUGUGCAAGUUUUUGGAGCCAUUGGCUCCUUCUUCCAGAAGAAGGGUUGAAGGGGAAGAAAGAGUGGUGAAGGGAAAGAAACUGGAGAGGUUUAGGAAAAGAGAUAGAGUUCGGAAAAGAUACCCAGAAUCCCGGGUCAGAAGAGACUUACAGACUGUAAGUCUUCCCUGACCCGGGGUUCUCCGUGACUUUUCUGAACUCUACACCUUCUCCUUUCGCAUAAUCUUUAUAGAAUCUUACAAGUAUCUCAUCUGGUCGUGACACCUUUCCACUACUAAGCAAUUGUAGUUGUUUUUCUAUUCUGCAAUCAGUUAUCUCAAUAUCUGCCCUUUCGACAUUCAUACCACUAUUGAGAGGAGGGACAGUGUUACGAUCUUCUGUGUCGAAACGGUUUCGGAGGACGAAAUUCAGUAUUUUGGCCACCUGUCUUCGAUCUUUCAUUUUGGGCCAGUAUGGUCACUGUAAGACCCUGUGGUCUAGGGUUAGCGUCUUUCAUUCGUAAUCAAAAUGUCUUCAGUCCUGGGUUCAAAUCCUGCUGCUGCUUAAAUUUUGAUUAAUAAUCAGUAUUUGCAGCAGAAGACUUCCGGCAUAAGAAGUCACCCUCAUUCUGGCAGCUGCCUUGUCAAAGAGGGUGGAGGAGUGGACAGAGGAUCAGGGCACUCUCUUAACCUUGGGGUGGGAAACUGCCCCUAAAGGCGGAAGAAUCAGCAAUGAUCAACAGCAUGAGGGUGCAGAAGACAAUGGAAACCAUUGCAUUGAGGACAUAUAACACGUAUUCACAGGACAUGUGGCCUGUAAUUGAAGUGUCAUGAUGAUCUCUCCAUUGGCAAAAGAUUCCGGAGUAGUCCCCCAUUCGGAUCACCGGGAGGGGGCUGCCAAGGGGGAGGUUACCAUGAGAAAAAGAUUGAAUAGCCAGUGAAAGGAUAACAUUCUACAAGUUGGGGUGUGGAAUGUCAAAAGCUUGAACGUGGUAGGGAAACUAGAAAAUCUGGAAAGGGAAAUGCAAAGUCUCGGUCUAGCUAUAGCAGGGGUCAGUGAAGUGAAGUGGAAAGAAGACAAGGAUUUCUGGUCAGAUGGCAACAAAGUGGGGAAUUGCAAGUGCAGGCAGAAUCAGCCAUGAUUUUGUUGUUGCCUUGAACACACUGUCUCAUGAUGAGCACAAAGUAGUAGCUGUAGCUGCCAGGGAGUUUGAAAGAGCGCAGAUAUUUGGAAAUCAUCACAAAAUACCUUCUGUGUAUGGAUCCUACGAAGAGCUUGCGAAAGACCCAAAUGUUGAUGUUGUGUACAUUGGAGCCAUACAUCCACAACAUUACCAUGUUGGAAAAUUGAUGUUGGAGAAUGGAAAACCUAUACUUUGUGAAAAGCCACUCACUAUUAACUCUAAGCAAACAAAAGAACUCAUUGCAUUGGCAAGAGAGAAGAAGCUAUUUUUAAUGGAGGCAGUUUGGUCCCGUUGUUUUCCUGCUUAUGCCAUGCUUAGGAGGGAAAUGAAUGCAGGUACAUUGGGUGACAUUGUCCAGGUCAUAGCGAAUUUUGGUGUUCCUUUGGAGAAGGAAGACCGCCCAAGAUCAAAGGAGCUUGGUCGUGGUACUGUACUUGAUUUGGCAGUUUAUUGCCUACAGCUCGCUAUAUUCGUAUUUGGUCCUGUACACCCAAAAAAUAUUGUUGCUCUUGGACACUUGAAUGAAUUUGGAUGUGAUGAUAGCAUGGCCUGUGUAUUAACAUAUGAAGGUGGUAAAACAGCAGUGCUGAGUACAAAUGCUCGAACGUAUCUCCCUAAUGAAGGAUUUAUAGUUGGGACCAAAGGCAGUUUAAAGAUACCAAAUUUCUGGUGUCCUACAAGAGUGGCAGCACCAGACAAGACAUCUGAUUUUAUUCUUCCAACAGCAUCAAAGGCAUUUAAUUUCAUAAACAGUGCAGGGCUGCGCUACGAGGCUAUGGAAGUUAGGCGAUGCCUGAGAGAAGGACUGUUGGAGAGUCCUAAAAUAACACAUGAUGAGAGCAUACUGUUGGCAGAAUUGGAAGAUGAACUGAGGAAAAUAUUGGGAGUGAAAUACGAGUUGUAUGAGUAGAAAGUUUUAUCACUUAACGUAUCAGACAAACCUUUUAUUUUGAACAUCUGAGGAAACACUAAAUGUUGAAUUCAUGGGUCAGUCAAAGAUAAUAGGCACAUGUCGUCUUCUGUAAUCAUGAACACUUUUCAUCUCUCACACUUUGUGUAAUGUGAUCACUUCAUCAAUCACACUGGAAAAAUAGAACAGUAUGUGACCUUUUCUCAGUCUUUGUUGUCUUCAUAAAUUUAUUGACUGUCCAGUUUAUUUAUUGGUUUGUUUUUUUGUGUACCUUUAAGGAGAACUGUAAUCUGUCCUUCAUGGAACCGUGUGUCAUUUACAGUAUUUGUACAGUGUUAUUCUCAUGGCCUCUGCAUUUAUGAGGAGUAUGAACUGCUGACUGUCACUAAAUAUAACAACUGCUCAGAAGUAUUUUGUACUAGUAUGAAUGAUAACUUAUAUAAGAGAAAUGUAUUUAAACAAAUUUCCUUGGUGUGUAUAAACAUUACUAUUUUACAUUUUUGCUAAUAAAUUAUGUAUUGUUGCAAUAAAUGUGCAUCACAAAAUAUCAACAAUAA